AGGUCACGCUCGCGCAACACGCUGACUCAUACACCUCGUUUUCUGGCGACCGAUGAAGCUGCCGCUGGACCGCUCCGCCCUACUGAUCGUUUCCUUCCUGUCACGCACCUUGCGAACGCCUCGAGAAUUUCCAUGGCGACUCGAUCGCACAGACUACCAGCACGUCAUGCGCUCCACGCGGUUCCUACCAUCUGAGCGAGAAAGGGGAGCGAAACGUCCUCGACCUGGCCGAGCUGAGAUAUUCCUAUGCACUGCGUUGAGCCUCGAGUGGUGAUGAGUGAGUCGUGGGUCGUGCAUGACGUUACUGCGCCGCCCCUACAGUUUCCACCGGAGGACAUGUGGGUGACACUCUCUCGACUGCUCGUCAGUCUCCGGAAGAACACGUCCCCACACAGAUCGUCCCGUGAGGGUGCGAAUCAAUUUUGUCUGAAUCCGUACCUAGACACAGGAAAAGCCCCACGUGUGCACGCAGGCAAAAGACAGCGAGACGUUCGCGUCUCACACCAGUCUCUGGACCUGUGGCAGGGUCAGGCGAUUCAUUCGGUGGGCGUUGUGUGUGGUGUGGCUUUGAGAUCAGUCAUCAUCGCAACAGAUUGA